UCUCCUGGACCUGACGAUGUUUCGUAAGAAGAAAAAGAAGAGGCCAGAGAUCUCAACACCAAAGAACUUUGAGCACCGGGUGCACACCUCGUUUGACGCCAAGCGGGGCUGCUUCGUGGGCCUGCCGACCCAAUGGCACAGUCUGAUAGAAAACCUCCGUAGGCCCAAGCCUAUGGUGGACCCCUCCCGGAUCACCCCUGUGGAGCUCAAGCCAAAGAAGGUACUGGACCUUAUUCUCAGCUCACCUUGUUGGAUUUUAUUUUAUUUCUGAGAAUAUUCCUGUAUUAGUAAGCCUCAAAACCCUCCAUCAAAAGCAUUCUUCUUUCUAAUUAUAACAUCCUUUAGAUCUGCAGCAGAGUUACCCUGCCAUUGUAGUCUAAAGUUUCCCUAGUCCAGUGAUGGCAGUGUGGUGGACAACACUUGCUGUUCUCCCUGUCAUAUUGCUUUCUUAUCUAUCACGGGGCUCAGCUAAUGACGUUGCUGUGUACAUUGACAGUACAACAUGAAUCCUUGGAGGGCUCCAAGAUUUAUUACUCCAUGCAGGCAAUUGAUAACGAUCCAUGGUGUCUUCCCAUAGAUGUCAGGCUGAGGGAUAGAAAGUCCAGGUACAGCACUGGAAAUGCCAGUGAGCGAUAGAGCCUGCAAAUCUAAGGAUUUCUGCACUCGGCUGAAUGCUCAUGCCGACAUGCCCCUUAUAAAAAUACAUUUUCAUUACCACCAGUGGAUAAAUUUGAGCUUUGCGUUUCAUAAUCACAGUGUCAGCUUCUGAAGCAUAGUCAUGGUUUUACUAGGAUCAUCAGGAUUGGAUUGGUAGUACAGAGGAGACUUGUGUUCUGUAAAUAAUGUAGCGUGUAUGGCAGAGGCAAAGGUUGGAGAGGUUACAAAAAACAUGAUUACAUUUGAGACAUUUGAACAAUUUUGUCAUUUGUAAAGAGUUUGCAGUAGGAUGUUAAUUAGUAUGGCUAAGUCACCUGUGCAACUGUGAGAGCAGACCAGAGCACCAUACCAAAGACAGAGAAACAUAGGAGACUCUCGUGAUGGUGAACAUAACUUGACUUUAACUAGAGAUUGAGUAAUCAGCCAAUGGGCCUUUUCUCUAAUAGGUUAAACUGGAAGGCACUUCGGCCAACACAUUUUUUAAGUCUGUGUCAUCUUGUUCUGUCAGGGCAAGUUAAUGUUCUUUCUCUACGCCGCUGUGAUGUGUGCUGCUUGAGAUUUCAGUCAUCAGAAAUAAUCUAUCCGUCAUUACAGUUUUUAUACAACCCACAUUGCAAAAUAGAAGUGCCUGUGUGCAGUAUGUUACAAUCAUUCCAGUCAAUGUGGUUGGCUGAACAUCACUGCCUUCCUUUCAGACCAUCGUGCGUGGGAGUAUGAUUGGCCAUGGAGACUACAUCUCAGCCAUGAUCUCCGACAUGAGCAGGCUGUCCGUGACCAGCUCCAACUCCCUGAGGAAGAGCAGCCCUUCGACCAGGAAGAGGGCCCAGUCCCUGGGCAGGCUGGGUGAGGUGAAGGAGGGGGACACCUACCAGUAUGAAGACCUGAGAGAAGAUGACCUGGAGCAGGAGCAGUGGAGGGACAGGGCUCAUAACAUCCACAGUGAGAGUGGGAUGCCCCACAUGGGCAUGAAGAAGAGUAUCACCCUACAGCCCAACGGAGUUCUCCCCAGGGCCAAGUCCACCUAUGAAGUGAGCAUCAGCUCUCUGGAGGGAACCCCGGCUCCGUCCCAGCCAAUGCAGGUGCCUAUUAAGGGGGCUUAUAUCAGCUGUGAGGUGGGCAGUCCCACAGAGACACUGAUGGUGAAGAGAGACUUCCAGGUGCCCAGGGUUAUGCCACAAAAACAGAGGCCCAUCUCGUUCUUCUACAGCCCAGCCAUGGCUGUCCAGCAGACCCAUACCGACCAUGGGGGUCACCCCCCUCCGGAGUACCGCACCAACCUCUACAUACACUCCCACAACAGCCCUGGCAGACCAUACUCCUCCUAUGACCUGAAGGUGAGCAUUUCACUUAAUCAUAAUCUCUCAUCUAUAUUGAUACAUUAUUCACAGACACACACUACAUUACCAAAAGUAUGUGGACACCUGCUCCUCGAACAUCUCAUUCCAAAAUCAUGGGCAUUAAUAUGGAGUUGGUCCCCCCUUUUCUGCUAUAACAGCCUCCACUCUUCUCGGAAGGAUUUCCACUAGAUGUUGGAACAUUGCUGAGGGUACUUGCUUCCAUUCAGCCUCAAGAGCAUUAGUGAGGUCGGGCACUGAUGUUGGGCGAUUAGACCUGGCUCGCAGUCUGAGUUCCAAUUCAUCCCAAAGGUGUUCGAUGGGGUUGAGGUCAGGGCUCUGUGCAGGCCAGUCAAGUUCUUCAACAAAAAAAUAAUACUACUAAUAAUAAUUGGAAUCAUUUAUUUUGGGUAAAAGUUCUUCCACAUCGAUCUCGACAAACCAUUUCUGUAUGGACCUCGCUUUGUGUACGGGGGCAUUGUCAUGCUGAAACAGGAAAGGGCCUUCCCCAAACCUUUGCCGCAAAGUUGGAAGCACAGAAUCGUCUAGAAUGUAAUUGUAUGCUGUUGUGUUAAGAUUUCCCUUCACUGGAACUAAGGCGCCUAGACCAAACCAUGAAAAACAGCCCAAGACCAUUAUUCCUCCUCCUUCACCAAACUUUACACUUAGCACUAUGCAUUGGAACAGGUAGCGUUCUCCUGGCAUCCGCCAAACCCAGAUUCGUCCGUCGGACUGCCAGAUGGUGAAGCGUGAUUCAUCACUCCAGAGAACGCAUUUCCACCGCUCCAUAGUCCAAUGGCGGCAAGCUUUACACCACUCCAGCCGACACUUGGCAUUGCGCAUGGUGAUCUUAGGCUUGUGUGCGGCUGCUCGGCCAUGAAAAACCAAUUUCAUGAAGCUCCCGACGAACAGUUCUUGUGAUGAUGUUGCUUCCAGAGGCAGUUUGGAACUCGGUAGUGAGUGUUGCAACCGAGGACAGACGAUUUUUACGCGCUUCAGCACUCGGCGAUCACGUUCUGUGAGCUUGUGUGGCAUACCACUUUGCGGGUGAGACGUUGUUGCUCCUAGACUUUUCCAUUUCACAAUAACAGCACUUACAGUUGACCGGGAAGCUCUAGCAGGGCAGACAUUUUACAAACUGACUUGUUGGAAAGGUGGCAUCCUAUGACGGUGCCACGUUGAAAGUCACUGAGCUCUUCAGUAAGGCCAUUCUACUGCCAAUGUUUGUCUAUGGAGAUUGCAUGGCUGUCUGCUCGAUUUUAUACACCUGUCAGUAAUGGGUGUGGCUGAAAUAGCUGAAUCCACUAAUUUGAAGGGAUGUCCACAUACUUUUGUAUAUAUAGUGUACAUCAACUAAUUUCACAUUGGCCAGAAGUUGACUGUGGUAUAAACUGUAACUUACAGCUUUACUCUUUUAAAAAUACCUUUGCAUAAUAUGGACUGUGAGCUACUUCUUAAACAGUUUUUUAGGUAAAACAUCUAUAGAGCCCGUAGCUCCUCUCCAUCUUACAGCAGCCUGCAUUCCUGCAUUCUACAGUUGAUUGUUCAAUUAAUGCUGUUGGUUUUUUCGAGGUGCUAAAAUAUGAUUUGUGACUUUAUUGCUUUGAUGUGCUUGUAAACAUUGAGCGAUGCUGUGUUUUUCAUAAUCUCAAAGGUACAUUGAGGUACCUAUGGCACCGUCAUAGCAGGGAGCGCACCAGGUGAAGUCAAUGCAUAGUGUGAGAGUGAAACACAUUUACAUCCAGCAAUAAAGCAAGCCAGGGACCCUGGGAAGACAGCCAACUCUACCUCUCUCUCUCUCUCUCUCUCUCUCUCUCUCUCUCUCUCUCUCUCCUCCCUCUCUCUCUCCUCUCUCUCUCUCUCUCUCCUCUCUCUCUCUCUCCUCUCUCCUCUCCUCUCUCUCUCUCUCUCUCUCUCUCUCUUCUCCUCUCUUCUUGUCUUCUCCCUCUCUCUGUCCUCCCUCCGUCCUUCCUCUCUCCUCUCUGCUUCCCUGUCUGUGUGUUAUCGUCCAGGCAGAGUCGCUGCUCUGAGCACACACCAUCGGCUUCCUACCCACAUGCCACCCACCCAUGUCCCCUUCAUGAGUGCACUCAGCCCCUACAGCUCCUCCUCAGGCCAGUACACCUCCUCCCACAUGGCCUGAGACCCACGUCCCUGACCCCUUUCUGAACACUCAGGCUGCCCUAAUGCUCCCUUCCUCAGCAGACAGCCCCUCCCAGCUCCGGCCCUCCCCACCGGCUCCCUGGCCACCAGCCCCCCAGGUACAUGCUCCCCUGCCUUCAGACCAACUCAGCACCCCCAGAGGCCGCCACCAGACCCCCCCAAGGUGACCCAUAAACAGUUUAAGGCUGCCCUGCACAUGGUGGUGGACAAGGGAGACCCUCGGUCGUACCUGGAGAACUUUGUGAAGAUUGGAGAAGGGUCCACAGGGGUGGUGUGUAUCGCUCGGGAGAAACACAGCGGCAGGCAGGUGGCCGUGAAGAUGAUGGACCUGCGGAGACAACAACGUAGAGAGCUGCUUUUCAACGAGGUAUGACGACCUCCAAUCAACACCAUCCUCAAUGACCCUCCUCACAACACCACCCCGAAUUACCAAUAAAUCAUGUUGGGAGGUGUCAUUGUACGCUGAUGAUUCAUGUUUUCUUUUAAAUCCAUAACUUGAAUCCCUCCACAGCCUCAUAGAGGAUCUAGAUACAUUUUCUAACCUCUCUGGAUGUUACGUAUUGGAUCACUAAAAAAUACAAUUUUUACAUUACCAUGUAGUUUACCAAUAAAAUGGUCUGAUGGUGAUGUGGAUAUACUCGGAAUACAUAUCGCAAAUGAAAUAAAUGAUCUCACUCCAAUACAUUUUAAUAGAAAGUUAGCAAAAAUAGAUAAGAUCUUGCUACCAUGGAAAGGUAAAUACCUGUCUAUUUGUGGAAAAAUCACCCUGAUUAACUCGUUAGUAUUAUCCCAGUUUACCUAUUUGCUCAUGGUCUUGCCUACGCCUAGCGAACAGUUUUUUAAAUUAUAUGAGAAAAAAAUAUUCAAUUUUAUUUGGAACGGCAAGCCAGACAAAAUUAAACGGGCCUAUUUAUAUAAUGAAUAUGAAUUCGGAGGACAGAAAUUAUUAAAUAUUAAAGUAUUAGACCUAUCACUAAAAGCUUCAGUCAUACAAAAGUUAUACUUAAAUUCGAACUGGUUCUCUAGCAAAUUAGUAAGAUUGUCUCACCCAAUGUUCAAGAAUGGCCUUUUCCCCUUUAUUCAGAUUACAACCUCUCACUUUCAGUUAUUUGAAAAGGAAAUCAUCUCCUAAAUAUCAUUAUUUCUAAAACAAGCCAUAGAAAGCUGGUUGCAAUUUCAAUUUAAUCCUCCAGAAAUGACAGAACAAAUAAUGCAACAAAUAUUGGGGUUAAACUCAAAUAUCCUAAUUGAUUAAAAAAGCAUUAUUUUUUGAAUAAAAAAAAAAAAAAGGUAUAAUCUUCGUAAAUGAUAUCAUAGGUAGGACUGGUGGAGUUUCCAUGGCAUAGUCUUUAUGAACUGAUACGCAAAACGACGCCAGAUUCAAAACUUAGAAUUUUUCAAUUUAAAUUAUUAUACAGAAUUCUUGCUACCAAUAUAAUGUUGUUUAUAUGGGGGAUACAAUCUUCCCAGCUCUGCAGAUUUUGCUGCGAAGAGACAGAAUCAUUAGAUCAUUUGUUUUGGUACUGUCCAUUUGUAGCUUGUUUUUGGACACAGGUCCAGGAAUGGCUAAAGGAUUGCAAUAUUUACCUGGAGCUAACCCUGCAGAUAGCACUACUGGGUGAUCUGAAAAGUCAUAGUCAAUCGAUCAAUAAUAUAAUAAUACUUUUAGCAAAAAUGUUUAUUUUCAAUUUACAAUCUGUAGAAACAAUGAGAAUAGAAGGGUUCAGAACUUUUGUAAAACAUCACAGUACAGUUGAAAAAUAUAUGGCAAAUAGAAAUCCAAUAUGGAUGGUGUUAAGAGAUAGAUGGGAGGUGUUGAAUGGAGUUGAAGGAUGGGACUAAUAACAACUAACAACAACUAAUAACAACAAGAUAACUAAUGUAAAGCAUACUGUGUCCAUAAUAAGUAUAUAGGUUAUAGGUUGAGAGCUUUUGUGAAAGAGCACAGUUAGAAAGAUAUGGCAUAUAGAAGCAAACCGGAUGGACAUCAUGAAAACGAUCGGAGAGGUUGAGGGUAGAGGAAGUUCAGGAGUAAAAACAAACAAAAUAUAAAUAUUGUAAAAUUGACUGUGUCCAUAAAAUGUAUAUAUGGGCUCCCGAGUGGCGCAGUGGUCUAAGGCACUGCAACUCAGUGCUUGAGGCGUCACUACAGACCCCCUGGUUCGAUUCCAGGCUGUAUCACAACCGGCCGUGAUUGGGAGUCCCAUAGGGCGGCACACAAUUGGCCCAGCGUCGUCCGGGUUUGGCCGGUGUAGGCCGUCAUUGUAAAUAAGAAUUAGUUCUUAACUGACUUGCCUAGUUAAAUAAAGGUAAAAUUAAAAAUUAAAAAAUAAAAUAGUAUGUAUAAGCUGGAAGUAGAGGCCUAAGCAUUGUUGUUCACUAGUUUACUCCAAUUAGGGAAGGGGUGGUGGGGUUGGGAAAUAUAUAUAUUUUUUAAGGAUAUGUAUAUAUAUGUAUGUAUAUGUAUUUGUAUGUGUAUAUGUAUGUGUAUGUAUGUAUGUAUAUAUAUAUAUAUAUAUAUAUAUAUUUGCGAGAGAAGAAAACAUAUGGGGGAUUGGAAGUGAUGCAGACAAUUGCAUUGAUGGAAGUUACAAUCUAUCUGCAAUAUUAAAGCUGAUCAACCCACCCCCCUGAACCCCCCCCCCCCCCCCCCCCCCCCCCCCCCCCCCCCCAAAAAAAAAAACACAUCACAUAACAGAGCCCACAUGUUAUGUAUCUGUUGCCGGGUUUAACAUGUUUAUAUAUUUUAAAUUGUCAAAUAAAAUACAUUGAAACUGCGGGGGCAAAUGCCCCCUUAGAUCCAUCUAGUUCUAGCUUAGAGAUAGAUAACAUGUAGUCACUGUUUCCCUGACAAUAAUACCCAAAUAACCUAUUUUGCCCAUGAGUGCCCUCUCGAAAUCAUCAGCUACAUUACAUGACACCUCUGUUAUCAACUGUAUGUGUUUGUCCAGGUGGUGAUCAUGAGGGACUACCAGCACAGGAACGUGGUGGAGAUGUUUAAGAGUGCCCUGGUGGAGGAGGAGCUCUGGGUCAUUAUGGAGUACCUACAGGGUGGAGCACUAACCAACAUCGUGUCUGAGACCAGGUAUGGAGACACAGCACAGACUUGACCUACACCCCCAGAAAUAAUUGCUGUCAUAGAAGGGGCAAAUUGUAUUGAGGGGUCAAUGGAAAGUGAAAUAUAGGCAUUUUUAAAGAGACAAGACUUCAAAGACGUGUGACAGAAUGAUGGAGCAAAAUUCUAGUUAUGUCCUCAGUACCUAUAUUCACCGUUAGGGGGUAGUGUGGUACUAAACACAGUCGCUCUCAUUCUCACUGCCACUGGAGCAAAACACUGUGUCCUCCUAUGGGAAAAUAUAAUCUGAUAACAUAAUUAGAUUAGUGUAUGUUCAAAUAAAAUGUGGUGAAAUUAAUUUAGUCCCAAAACACGAUUUUAUCUAUGCUCCCAUCCUGUUCAAUACUGUACAUCAGAUACUCUAUCUAUAUGCAUAAACAAAAGCAAGAAAAUAGCCCACUUGAUAUCAGAGAGGUGGAAUUGUCAGUGAAUAUUAACUCUACCUGUCAAUGUAUUUUAAAUUCCAAACUGAAAGUUGGCUCAUUCACAAUACAGAGACAGGAGUUGACUUCAGAGUCUAGACACAUGGGGACUGAGUGCAUUUCUCAAAUAUAAAAAUGGGCCAAAUCAUAUUGGCUGUCAUUUUCAGUGCUUGUCAGAACCCAAGAUUAGUAUUUGUAUUGAUUUAACUGUCUGGAAUACCCCUUUGCUAAAUUAUACCUCCUUCAUACUCCAAUCCUUUCUCAAAAAAGCUAUCAGCCAUAACUGAAAAAAAGUAUUUUCUGAGGUGUUUCUGUAACACAGUUCUUCAGUGUUCAAAAUCACCUAGGCUGUAUUUUCAUAAUGCAAACACGAGAUACUGUGAAUGCAUGUAGUUGUCUGAACCUCACCAAACCACCCACCACUACACUCUUAGAAAAAAAGGUGCUAUCUAGAACCUAAUAGGGUUCUUCGGCUGUCCCCACAGGAUAACCUUUUAAAGAACCCUUGUUGGUUCCAGGUAGAACCUUUUGGUUCUAAGUAGAACCAUUUUGGGUUCCAUGUAGAACCCUUUCCACAGAGGGUUCUACAUGGAACCCAAAAUGGUUCUACCUGGAACCAAAAUGGGGUUUUCGGCUGUCCCCAUAGGAUAAUCUUUUGAAGAACACUUGUUGGUUCCAGGUAGAACCCUUUUGGUUCCAAAUAGAACCGUUUUGGGUUCCAUGUAGAACACUUUCCACAGAGGGUUCUACAUGGAACCCAAAAUGGUUCUAGCUGUGACCAAAAAUAGUUUUACCUGGAACCAAAAAGGGUUCUCCUAUGGGGACAGCCGAAGAACCCUUUCAGAACCAUUUUUUCUAAGUGUAACAUCACCUGGGUGAUGCGACAGCAGCCAUUUUGCAGUGCAGUGCCGUGUUGAGUGUUGUGUAUAUCUGUGUCACUCUCCCUUGCAGGCUGAGUGAGGAGCAGAUAGCCACAGUGUGUGAGGCUGUGCUGCAAGCCCUAGCCUACCUUCACUCCCAGGGGGUUAUCCACAGGGACAUAAAGAGUGACUCCAUACUGCUAACACUGGAUGGGAGGGUAAGUCUCUCUCUCUCAUAAGUAUUUUUAUUUCAGUUGAGAAAAACACACCUGUUUAUGUAUUCAUAACUGUUGAUAAUUGAAUUUUAAUGUCCCUGUCCUGUAUAGAUCAAGCUGUCAGACUUUGGGUUCUGUGCUCAGAUCAGUAAAGACAUCCCCAAAAGGAAGUCUUUAGUGGGAACACCCUACUGGAUGGCUCCGGAGGUCAUCUCUAAAUCACCGUACAGCACUGAGGUGAGAAAGAAGAUAUUCAAAAUACUUUGUAUCCUAAUGAACUGUACAGGUUUAUUACUUUAUACUAAUGACAUACUAGCUGUAUCCAAACAAAUACUCAUGAUGUCCAGUAUUCAUGUGCAUGUCAACACUGUCUGAUGUUGAUGUUAGAAUAUACUGGUUUAUUGUGUCUGCCAGGUGGAUGUGUGGUCUCUCGGUAUCAUGGUAGUUGAGAUGGUGGAUGGAGAGCCCCCCUACUUCAGUGAGACCCCCGUUGCAGCCAUGAGAAGACUGAGGGAUGAGCCAGCUCCCACCGUACGGAACGCAACACAGGUCAUAGGUCAAACAGAAUACAUACACAUACUCUCUCAUACUCUCACAGAAACACACACACCUUUUCGCUCUUUCAACAUGUCUGUUGAAUUAACUUGGACUUUAUACUUUGUGUAGGUCUCCCCAGUGUUGAAGGACUUCCUGGACCGUAUGUUGACGCGAGACCCAGUGGAGCGGGCCAGCGCCACAGACCUGCUAGAACACCCCUUUCUCCUACAGAGCGGCUCCCCGCAGUGCCUGGUGCCCCUGGUGGAGCAGUACCGCAAGCGCAUGUCCCGCUGCUGA